AAAACAUCCACCCACUUUAAACUUAACAUUGUGGCAUAUAUAUAUUUAUACAUAUACUCCACAAUAAUACUCAGUUUGAGCUUUUAACUGCAUUAUUUUCGUUGGAUAUUGUAAUUCACAUUCUCUGUCUGUAUAGGGAAUAAAAAUAUGGUAGAUAGACAGCUAAACCAGGUGGCUAUUGCUGAACACAAUCGAUUACGUGCAUUGCAUGGAUGUCCACCUCUAAUUUAUGAUGAAAAUUUGGCUAGGGGUGCACAAAGCUGGGCUGACCAUCUAUGCCGUAUGAGGAUGUUGAAGCACAGUCAACCUGAUGGUUACGGUGAAAAUUUAGCCUAUGGAACUAAUAUAGAUGGAAUAAAGGCAACUCAUAUGUGGUAUGACGAAUGCAAAUAUCACAAUUAUCAAGGACAGUUUUCAAGUCAAUCAGGUCAUUUCACCCAGUUAAUCUGGAAAUCAUCAAAAAGAGUAGGAUUUGGUGUUAAACGUGCAGAUAAUGGAAGAGACGUGUACAUAGUUGCACGUUAUCAACCACCUGGUAAUUUAUUUGGUGAAUUCAGAGAAAAUGUUCCCCAACCAACACGAGGAAAUAUAGACGGUGAAAUCAACACUUACAAGAGGAAAAGCAAUGCAGACUAUGCUAAUUCACGCCCAGUAAAAGUGACCUACGCUCCAGAGCGAGGAUGGCCAGAAGACAUCAGUGAAGUACCCAAAAGAGGCAACGUCAAAAUAAUUCAUGCUCCUGAAAGAGAUAGAUCAGAAGAGGUCAGGGAUGUGUCUAGAAGAGGUGAUAUAAAAAUUAUCCGAGUUUCUGAUGGAGAACGUAAAAACCAAAAUGAAUUCACUGUCUAUAAAAGGAAAAACAGAAGUCAAAGAAAGUGUGCAAAAGGAUGUAGUAUUAUGUAAUUAACAUCUCUAACUCACGAGCUUUUGUUAAAUAAAAAAUAAUUUUCAUAA